AUGGCGAUUCUACUGAAAUCAGUUCUCCAAAAUCAAACCUUUUUCAAGUCUCUCCUGAAGCCUUCAAUUACUUGCAGAAACCUAACUUCGUCAUCGGAGCCUUAUAAGAAGCCACUCUCUGUUUUAUUCGAAGAGGUCGUGGGAUUGAGACCUAAAUCAGAAACUAACGAAAUCGUAGAAGAAGAGGGCAACGAAUUGAAGAGAAAGCUUUCGGAAUUGGAGAGGAAACUCAUAGAACUGAAGCAAUCCGAACCUGUGAGAAGGAAGAAGCAGAAGGAGAAGGUUGUUGUUGCGAUACCAGAUCAAACCGAGAAAAGUCAUAAUCUUUCCACGUUGUUUAAGAGCGAUGAAGAGAAGGAUAUGAAGAAGAACAUUCGGGAACGAGAGGACGAUGUGAUUAGAGUUUAUAAGGAGCUUCCUUUAGAGAUGGUUUCGUUUGUGAAGCUUCUGCAUAAAGAAGGGUACUUGAACAAUGCUAAUUUCAUCCCUGGAGAGAAGUUGGAUUUGGGGAGUCUUGAUGAAGAGUAUGCUAGAACUUUUGUUAAGUUUGCUGCGGAGAAAUUUGGAAAAGAUCACCAGGAAAUAGCAAAGUGGUUAUCAGGUAGUGACCUGAAGAACAUUGUGCUUUUUGGUUGUCCGAGUUUGGAAAAAAGAGCAAUCUUCGCUGCUAAAACGUUGCGGAACUUUUUCUCCAUCCCAGAGAACAGUGUGUGUGAUAGAUGCGUGUUAAAAGACAAGUGCAAGUUCCCAAACCAGAGUGUAUGGGAUGGCAAGGCAAAGAUCUUACAUUUAUCUGUUGUGAUGAAAGUCAUCACACUAUAUCCAUUGGACUUGACUCAUCCCAAGCUACAAGUUCCUCAAGAGGUACAAGACUCGGUCUCAAGAGUGAUGACAGAGAUUCAGAACCUAAGCCGAACUAUCUGUACUCCUCUCCGGUGA